AGGUAUCACUUCCGAGUGAAAAGGUCGUUCAAUUCAUUAAAGAUGGCUGCCUCCACACAGAUGGCUACCUCUGAGCUGUACUGCUGGGAAGGCGAUUGGGGUUUACCUUCUGUCGACACAGAGUGUUUAAUUGUAUUGGUAAGAUAUCAAUUAUGAUUUAAUUCCAGCAAUAACAACAUUUCAAGAUAGCACAGCUUGGCUGCCUUCAUAUUCAGUUGCAAGCUAAUGUCAAUGCUGAUGGCGUUGGCUUGGACAUCACAUCCCUCACUGACAUGGCUAUCUAUUAGUUGUCUAACGUUAGCUAUUUGCAAUGAACAUUUCACCGUAACUACCGGUAGUGUAUUUACAUGAUAGUUAACGUUACAUGGGCUGGUACCAUGUAAUUACAGUGCAAGGUGAACAUUGUUACAUUAGUAUCUACAGCUAGCUAGCUGGCUAACUUAUACCCCUUUCAGACACUUUUUGAAAGGUUAUCAAUUGUCUCUAUCGACCCGUAACUGUAGUGGCGUCCUAUGUAAGAAAAUGGCAUUAGCUAACUUAGCUAGCUAACGGAAGCUAACUAGUAACAACAGCAGCAUGCACUGGCAAUUUGCAAAUAAAUCUCACAAGAAUGUAGAUAAUUUAAUGUACCUAGCUAGCUAAAUCAAUGCACACUGCAAACAAGCAGGUCUAGGUUAACAGCUGUAACUACAGUAAACUUUCACUCUACCUGCCUGUGUGCGUCUCAGUGAAGGCUCCUCAGAGGAGGAAGAGGAAGACCAUCCUACUCAGUGAAUUUCAAAAAAAUACAAUUAGUGAAACAUUAAAAAAGUUAAAUUUUUUAUAUAAAACUAUACUAAAUAUAUUCAUAUGUCACCAAAUAACUGAUUAAAACAGUGUUUUGCAAUGAAGUUCUACAGUAGCUUUAACAGCACACUCUAGGAUAGCACCAUGGUGUAUCAGGAGGACAGCUAUUUUCCAUCCUCCUCUGGGUACAUUGACUUCAAUACAAAACCUAGGAGGCUCAUGGUUCUCACCCCCUUUCAUAGACUUACACAGUAAUUAUGAUGACUUCCGGAGGACGUUCUCCAACCUAUCAGACCUCUUGCAGCAUGAACUGACAUGUUGUCCAUCCAAUCAAAGGAUCAGAGAAUUCAUCUAGUACUGAAAGCAUGAGCUACAGCUAGCUAGCACUGCAGUGUAUAAAGUUUGGUGAGUAGUUGACUCAGAAAGACAAUAGUUGAACCGUUUUGAACAAAUGAAUUUCUUCAAAAAUGAAGGAGAAGCAGCAGAGUUGGCGAGAAAGAGGGAGCUAGCUAUAUUUCAUUUUAGUUAGUUUACCUUUCACUUACUUAGCUAGCUAGCUAAUGCAGCUAAUUUAGCCUACUCAACAACCUGACUCAAACAGAGAGGAAUGCUAUUUUUAUGUUAGCUAGCUAGCUAAGGCUAUCCAACACUCCAACUCUUCCAAGUCAAGGUAAGCUUUCGGUUUUAUUAAUUUAGUGCCACCGGGGCCCGCCGGUGUAACUGCUAAACUGCUUGCUGUUCAUUGUACUGUGUGAUUGUACACAUGGAUUGGAUUGUGGGUUUACUAACACAUUAGUUCUAGUAGCAAUGUUGACUAUGACGUUAACUAAUAUGUUGACAACGAUGUAGGCUGUGUAGGGGUUAGCGUUAGCGAUUAUGGUAUGACAGUUUGGCUUGGAGAGUUUUUUUUUGCCUGGUCACAGACAGCUAUGGUGUUGUGCACUUGAGUCCACAAGUGAAGGGAAAAGGAGAGCGGAGGAGACCACGUAGAUGCGAGAAGGAAUUAUUCAACGAGCAAAGUGAUGAUGCUGUAUGGGGCUGCUAUGAAAGUGAACUGUGUUUGCGGGUGAUCAGGGGUGUAUUCAUUCUGCCGAUUUCUGUUGCAAAAUGUUUCUUAAACGGAAGCAAACAGAACGAAACGGGGAUGGACCUACCUGAAUUUAUCCAAUAGAAACUGUUUGGACUAAUGAUUACACCCCAGAUCAGCUAGAUACAGGCAAGAGUGUGCCAGACAGUAUUGAAUGUGUCACUGUCUCUCACCUUGAGUACUCCAAUUUGUCUCUCGGCCUGUGCACCUACGUUAUAAACUCUCAUUUGUAGUCUAGGUUGUAGCGGCGGCAGGUAGCUUAGUGGUUAAGAGCGUUGUGCCAGUAACCGAAAGGUCGCUGGUUCUAAUCCCCGAGCCGACUAGGUGAAAAAAUCUGUCGGUGCCCUUGAGCAAGGCACUUAACCCUAAUUGCGCCUGUGAGUCGCUCUGGAUAAGAGCGUCUGCUAAAUGACUAAAAUGUAAAAUGUAGCAACGAUGGGUAUAGGGCACAUUUUUGUAUCAUGUAGUAGCCUAAACCUAUCGAUGUUACAUUGAGCUGGGUGAAUGGAGUAGGAAUGAGACAUCCAAUACACUGUAAUAGAAAUGGCCAUGCUCAUAAAAAUACAAAAAGUCCUCCCUAAUCCUAAACUGCACCGACCACCACUGGUGUGAGUGUGUGUGUUUUUGGUUUUACUAUCCUUGUGGGGACCAGAAGUCCUCACAAGGAUAGUAAAACAAGGAAAAUUCGGACAAGUGGGGACAUUUCGCCGGUCACCACAAGGAAAAAGGCUAUUUUAGUCUUAGGGGCUAGGUUUAGGGUUAGUGUUACAAUUAGGGUUUGGGGUUAGGAUUAGGUUAAGGGUUAGGGAAAAUAGGAUUUUGAAUGGGAAUCAAUUGUUUGGUCCCCACAAGGAUAGUAGAACAAAUGUGUGUGUGUUGCCAUACAAUAUUCUGCAACACAGCUAUAAUAGGCCUAGAUUCAGAAACAAUGGCAUUAAAGCAGCUAGCUGCAUGUUGUGACACCCAAAGAAUCCUAAUAAUUAUUAGCAUCUAGACUGGAGAGUUUAUGACCUGUCAUCUUGUAGGCUAUCCCUAACUACUGGUGCCAAAUGUUUGAACGUAUGUUUACCUGUCAAUCGCUGCACUGCAUCAGAGGCAACUGUAAAUGGCUUUAGCUCCCCCCUCAGUUUCUUUCAGGAAAUUCCUGGUAUGUCCAUCAUGGUACAGUUCUCAUGGUACCCAUGUAUACAUACCCCAAAGAUUGUGUUGUACGUAUCUGACUGGAAGCAGUGUUUUUGAUUUAGCAUACCUCUAAUGUUCCAUUUGGUUGUCUCUGAAUACAUGGCCACCCAAAACGUCUAAUGUAUUACUGUAAACCACAAUAUUUCCAUUGUGCAUGUUCAGUUAAAUGACUGAUUUGUUCACAAGCCACAUAUGACAGCUUAUAUUACCUUGCAGCCUUGAGUAAUCCAGACUUGAGUAUCAUAAGCUACCUUUUCCUCCCUGGAAAAUUUUCAGACAUGAAACCAUUUUUAAACAUGUAUAUCUUGGACCCACACCUUACUGGAGGGAACAAGAUGUAAAAUGUGGGUCUGGAAAGUGACUUUCCUCCCCUGCUACUUUUUUGGUGGUUGGAAAAUGCACAUCUUGCUUGCUUUUAAUUUGUGUCUCAGUGUGGUCUCUAAAACCACAAAUUGACUACUGAACUGGAGGCAUGUUACUGACACAUCAUACUCUUGGACAAAAUCUUGUCUGGAAAUGAGCAAUUUCAUUCAGAGUUUUCCAGGAUGCCCCCCUGGGUUUUCACUGCAAUCGGGUAGAUUUAUGUGUGUGAUGAUGUCACAUUCACAGACCUCAUUCUUUCCAUUCAGUGAACUGGCACCAUGUCACUGCAUUUAGGCUAGACGUCUGUACAUUCCACCUAUUAGGUCAUUGCAGAAGUGAAUUAGAGAACCCUCCAGAAUUUUCUUAAAAAAUAUAUAUUUUGAUUUAUUAAAAAAUAUAAGCAUUAGCAUAUCUACUUAAUGGUUACUGCUGGAUUAGCCUAUGUUUAAAGCAUACGUUAUUGCCAAUGUCUAGUCUAAUUAUCAUAGUAAGCCUAGUUAAUUAGAACAUCAUGUAAGAGAUUGAUGUUUAGUCAGUAACAGACUGAAGCUGAGACUCAGACUUUUCACUUUAAAAUGAAUGUCAAACAAAAACCAAUGAUUUCAAAGUUAAACAAACCAUACAACUCUAUGCACAAGGACUACUUUUAACAAUUUACAUAGACAAUUUUACAAAAACACAUUUACUUGAAGAACAGUGCCGAUGCAAAGUUUGGUAUACAUUUUAAAGUGAAUAAUCAGCAUCAAUCUUUUACUGUGGAAUUGCCCGUAGCCUAACCCUAGUCUAGUCUAGUGAUACCCUAGUGAUGCUAAGAUACCCUUCCACUGGUAGUCUGUUAUUUAUUUAAAAAAUCAGUAGUAGCCUACCAUUUGGCAUUCAUACAUAUCCAGAAGAGGAGUGUCUCUCUUUACAUUCCUCAGAUGAGAAGUGUGUUGCCCUGUUUUAUUAAGCAAUGCUGGAAAAAAUGAUCUUGGCAGUGCAAUAUAGGCUAGCACUCAAAUACGAGCACCUGUUUGUAGUCUCUCAUGCAGAAGAGAGGACGGUGUGAAUUUUGAAGCCUGGUUUAUAGUUUAAUUUGGUGUUUUUCAUAUAGCCAUUUUGCCUAGGCCUAAAGUAUAGUGUAUAUACAGUACCUGUCAAAAGUUUGGACACCUACUCAUUCCAGGGUCUUUCUUUAUUUUUACUAUUUCUACAUUGUAGAAUAAUAGUGAAGAUAUCAAAACUAUGAAAUAACACAUAUGGAAUCAUGUAGUAACCAAAAAAGUGUUAAAAAAUCCAAAUAUAUUUUAUAUUUGAGAUUCUUCAAAGUAGCCACCCUUUUUGCCUUUGACAGCUUUGCACACUCUUGGCAUUCUCUCAACCAGCUUCAUGAGGUAGUCACCUUGAAUGCAUUUCAAUUAACAGGUGUGCCUUUUUAAAAGUUAAUUUGUGGAAUUUCUUUCCUUCUUAAUGCGUUUGAGCCAAUCAGUUGUGUUGUGAGAAGGUAGGGUUGGUAUACAGAAGAUAGCCCUAUUUGGUAAAAGACCAUAGUGCAUAUUAUGGCAAGAACAGCUCAAAUAAGCAAAGAGAAACGACAGUCCAUCAUUACUUUAAGACAUGAAGGUCAGUCAAUACGGAAAAUGUCAAGAACUUUGAAAGUUUCUUCAUGUGCAGUCGCAAAAAACAUCAAACGCUAUGAUGAAACUGGCUCUCAUGAGGACCGCCACAGGAAAGGAAGACCCAGAGUUACCUCUGCUGCAGAGGAUAAGUUCAUUAGAGUUACCAGCCUCAGAAAUUGCAGCCCAAAUAAAUGUUUCACAGAGUUCAAGUAACAGACACAUCUCAACAUCAACUGUUCAGAGGAGAAUGUGUGAAUCAGGCCUUCAUGGUCGAAUUUCUGCAAAGAAACCACUACCAAGAAACACAAGCAAUGGACAUUAGACUGGUGGAAAUCUGUCCUUUGGUCUGAUGAGUCCAAAUUUGAGAUUUUUGGUUCCAACCGCCGUGUCUUUGUGAGACGCAGAGUAGGUGAACGGAUGAUCUCCGCAUGUGUGGUUCCCACUGUGAAGCAUGAAGGAGGAGAUGCGAUGGUGUGGGGGUGCUUUGCUGGUGACACUGUCUGUGAUUUUAUUUAGAAUUCAAGGCACACUUAACCAGCAUGGCUACCACAGCAUUCUGCAGCGAUACGGCAUCCCAUCUGGUUUGGGCUUAGUGGGACUAUCAUUUGUUUUUCAACAGGACAAUGACCCCACACACUUCCAGGCUGUGUAAGGGCUAUUUGACCAAUAAGGAGAGUGAUGGAGUGCUGCAUCAGAUGACCUGGCCUCCACAAUCACCUGACCUCAACCCAAUUGAGAUGGUUUGGGAUGAGUUGGACCGCAGAGUGAAGGAAAAGCAGCCAACAAGUGCUCAGCAUAUAUGGGAACUAUUUCAAGACUGUUGGAAAAGCAUUCCAGGUGAAGCUGGUUGAGAGAAUGCCAAGAGUGUGCAAAGCUGUCAUCAAGGCAAAGGGUGGCUACUUUGAAGAAUCUAAAAUAUAUUUUGAUUUGUUUAACACUUUUUGGGUUACUACAUGAUUCCAUAUGUGUUAUUUCAUAGUUUUGAUGACUUCACUAUUAUUCUACAAUGUAGAAAAUAGUAAAAAUAAAGAAAAACCCUUGAAUGAGUAGGUGUGUCCAAACUUUUGACUGGUACUGUAUGUGUGUGAUUCUGUACUCACAUAUCCAAAGUCAUGUGCCCCUCUCUGUGCUUCCCACAGUUGUGUCAAGUUGGCUGGAUGUCCUUUGGGUUGUGGACCAUUCUUGAUACACAUUGGAAACUGUUGAGCGUGAAAACCCAUCAGCGUUGCAGUUCUUGACACAUUCAAACUGCACCUACUACCAUACCCUGUUCAAAGGCACUUAAAUAUUUUGUCUUGCCCAUUCUCCCCCUGAAUGGCACACAUACACAAUCCAUGUCUCAAGGCUUAAAAAUCGUUCUUUAACUCAUCUACACUGAUUGAAUUGGAUUUAACAGUUGACAUCAAUAACGGAUUAUAGCUUUCACCUGGUCAGUCUGUUAUGGAAAGAGCAGGUGUUCUGUGUGUGUGUGUUAUGUUAUGCAGGAUGCACAGUAAUUCAUUCUAGCUAGGCCUACACCAAUGCUACGUAUCUGUAUAGGCCUACUGUUAUAUUAAGUAUGUGUCUUUUUAGACCUGUAGGGUAGGUAUGAAUAUAUGAAUGAUUUAUUUUCAGUCUAGCUAGUCUUCGGUUUACAACCAAAGAUACAAAAUUGAGGAGGAAAUUCCUAAUAAAGCCAUGAUGUCAGCCUUUGAUUUGUUUAAUGACAUUUUUUCCCAACUGGUUGGUUGACUUUGGCUAACAGUGAAGAAAACCUCAGCUUUUCUCCAUUCCUCCCUCCUAACUUUCACUGGCUAUUCCAUUAUUGAAGAUCUAGUUCUGCCUUCUUGAAUGAGUUUUUCUUUCAAUCUGAAGUGAGAUUUGUCAUUCACAGUGGAGCACCAUGCCCAAUGUUGAUACUAUUGCUGUACAUUGUACACCCUAAAUAAGCUACGGUUGUGUACUGUACUUGACUUAAUACAAAUGUCUGCUUGUGAUUGUGAUAUGAUCAGUUUGUCAUUGUUGUGGGCAGACCCUAAAUUACAUGAUUAUCUUUCUUCUCUGAGGUAAAAGGUAUUGAAUGACUAUCUAAAUUCUUGUGUUAUCGGUUUUGAUGAUUGUAGGAUACGUUAAAGCAAUAAGGCCAUUCUUAAUGUCCUGGGGCCAGCUGAAAGUGGGGUUUGUGAGUACUUGCGGACAAUGUGGAAGGAAUUUCCUCUUCUUUUCCAUGACAUAACAUCCCGUUACGCCUGUCUGCAAGCACAGUCAGGUUGAUCUGUUCAACUUUGCCAAACCACAUUUAUUGGAAUGUCAUUUUAUGUAUGUCUAUCAAUCAGCCAGACACAAUCAUAAAUGCUGCUGUCCACAUUUGCCUAGUCAAUCUACAGUGCAAUGUGUCUUUAGGCUACUUUGUAUCAAGUCUGCUGCAAUACUACAAUUGCUUUGAGAUCCAGUGAAAGGCAUAUUAAUGCAGUCGAUUACUGUUUGCUUAUUUCAUUAAGCGAUAUGAUUUCCCUUGUGAGUGCAGGACACAGUAAGCGGAAAUGCAGGACCAUACGUUCCAUGAAUAGUGACCAGGGCCUAGAUUCACAAAACCUUAAGAAGACAUUUCUUCUUAACUGCCAUUUUUUUCCUUAACUAUAAGCAAAGUUGCUAUUCCUCAAAAAGGUUAUUGGAAAUGUUAUUGCGCUAUUUCUUUUGUUUCUCCUUAAGCAAAAAGUUCAGAAGAAAUUUGAUUCUUGAAAAUAAAGUUAUUGGAUUUGUUCUUAAUUCCAAGAUAGCUAAACCCUUGUCCUAAACUCUGGGCAGUGCGAGAAUAAGCUCAUGAAAGCAAUUGAACAUGUUUAAUUCACUCACAAACUUCAUCUGAAAGUUUCAGUAUUGAUUAUUUUAAACCCAAGAACAUGUUUUAGAACAGUAAUUCCAGUACGAAGUAUGCUAACAUGAUUGCCAUUGCUAGCUAGAUAGCUAGCUAAAUUGGUUGCCUAGCAACACACAUCUUAAGAAGAUUCAUAAGAUAUUUGAGAAGUUCGUAAAAAAAAUCAUUAAAUCUUAAGAUAUUGUUGAGGAAUUGCUCUUAUGAACUAUCUUAUGAACUUAUUUAUUUUCUUACAAAUUUUCUUACGUUUUUGUAUAAGAAGUGUUUUGUGAAUCUGGGCCCUGGUCUUAGUUUGCAAAUGUAGGCUAGUUUAGACAGCUAUUCCGUUUCUAUUAGGCCUAUUGAAGUUUCUCCUUCGCAAGCCUUUUUACUCUGGUCUUUUACUGCUUUCCUUCUACUUUGCCCCUCCCCUUAUAGGCUACUUAUCUCUUCAGGAACAGUUUGUUCCAUCACAACUGACACUGCUACCCAUGACUCCCCUUCCCUUGCCCUCAUGGUACUCACACUGCAUGCUCCAGGAUUCUUUCUCUGCCUGCCAGCUGACAGGGCAGGCUCCACAUCCUUUCUUCCAUAACCUCCAUCCGAACAGUCUGACGCAAGAAAUGCCCCUCUCCCAUUGAUAAAAAUAAAUAUUGUGUAGUCUACAUGGUUACAUCUACAGGUAUUUAUGUCCAUCCACAUUGAUUAGGGCCAGGUUUUUACAAAUAAUUAAUUUGCUAUUUUGCACCUGCGCAAAGUUUUUUCCCCCCAUCCUUUUCAGAAGGCUCAAUGUCUCAUUCGUAGUGUCAACCUUUAAUUUCAUCCUUUUUGUUGUUCCGGGUGUUUUAUCCCCUCAGGGAAAAAACAGGUGCAGACAUUGCUGUGGUGCUAAAGGUUAUGGAGUAUAGCCUGGUGUCUGCAGUGUCUAGAGUUAGGCAGCCUAUCCCACAGUCAUGUUGUUUAUAUGCUUGCUGUUUGUUUUUACACCCUGUGUAUUAGGUCCUUAGAGUCUGCCUUAAUUGAGGUGUUCAUGCCUCCCUCCCGCUCCCUUUAUGUCAGUGGAGUUAUUUUGGGCCCAGCUCAGAUGCUUCCUGGGGGAUUUGGCCUGUUUCUUAUCGAAGGCUGUGGAAACUAAGGCUCAAAAAAAUGUCUGGCUCAAAAAAAAUGUCCUCAGCGUUAACCUGUUAAUUAUCUCUGUUUACUUCAGGCUUAUGCAAAGUUUGCAGGCGCACCCCUCAAACUUCACAAGAUCGGCAACCCCUGGAGAAGUCCCACUGGUAAGAUGUCUUGUCUUUCCUUUUUAGGUCCUUUUGUAUUUUUUUGUCUCAACUUGAAACAUGGCUGCAUUCAUUUACUUCAGAACUAGGCAUAUUCUCCUAUAAUCAAAGGGAACACAGGGAGACAUGGAUUGGAAGGAAAAUGUGCUCUCUAUAAAAUGGGCAGAAAAUAGCUGUAGUUAUAUAACAUCCCUUUCUUUUCACUUUGUUCUUGUUUUUAUUCCUCUCUUUUACUAUAUUAUUUCUCCAUCUGUAUAGUAUGCUUUUCUUGAUUCUUACUUUCCAGACUUAAUGUCUUCCUUCUCUUCACCAAUGGCUCUCACCUCUGUCUUCUCUCUCUAUCCCACUCUCCUGUUCUCUCUCCAUCGGUCUGUAAUGGUCAAAUUAACAGUGGCUGUUAAUGAGUGGUGUUGUGAGAUGCCUGUCUUUAUGAUGCGUUUUCCCUUUGCUAGGCUCCCUGCCUGCCCUGAAGACCAGCGAGAAUGGGAACCUCUCUCGGCCCAGUGACAUCAUCAUCCACCUCAGGAAACAGGUGACAGAGAGACCGCCUGCUCAUGUACAGCACAGUCCUUUGCUUUGUCUGAAAGAGCUGCUCCAUGCUCUGUUCCACACUUGCUUAAAGUGAAUUAUGGCCCCUGAACUCAACUACUGGUGGAUUCUCUUGUCACAACAGUUUCUAUGACCCAAUUUCCCAUUGAGAAAAGCAAUGUUUCCUAUGAUAUUUCCUCCCAUCCCCCAAGCUCAAUUAAAUGCACACUUCAGCUUAUGCCCAGAUGGAACCCAUUAGCCAAGAUACUAACUGCCCCCUGACUGUGGUAGGUGGGUUGUGAGCUACUGCAGUAGGGAUGUUAGAAACCACAAUGCAAAGCAGAUUGAUAAGUGCUGUGGUGGUGGCAAUGUGAGCGACCAGGGGGGAAAGCCUGGUGAGAUCAUCCCAAAGGACUAGACAGUAAAGGGGUAAGGAUGGUGGGGUUUCCAGACAACCCUCCCAAAGUCAGUCCAAAACUGCUUAUUUUACUCUCCGGAGGGAGGGAGAGAGGGAGAGAGAACCUCUCUUAGAUUUCCAGUCAUGUUGAGUUCUUCUUGACCCUAGCAUGCACCAUUUCAGACUGACUGCCCUGCGGUCAUGAGGUUAGAUGGCAAGCACUUGACCCAGAACACCUAGACUGCCAGGAGUCCCAUAAAGGCCUCCACUUAGAGGUAGCUUUUCCGUUUUUUGAAUGGGUUUCUGGAGAACAUGGAAAGUGCUAAUGGUGUAAUCGGGCCAAGGCUGCUCAUGGUAUUGUUCCAGAAGGGCUUUAAAAACUACUUAGAAUACCUAACGACAGCGAGACUGGUUUAAAAUAUUGUGGUCCUUGAAUCCUGUCGGUGAUGUUCGUGAAAGGUGAUGAAAUGCCUGAAGUGUGUUGUGAUAUGAUCCUAUCUUUCAGAAAUACAAUGCUGACUUCGACCUGUCUGCCAAAGAGGGCGCAGACACUCUGGCCUUCAUCUCACUCCUGGAGGAAAAACUGAUGCCAGCUCUGGUGAGGAUCACUCAAUUACUCAGAGAGAACAAGACAGACAGGGAGGGGGCUGAAGGGAGGGAGAGAGAGAGUGUGUGUGUGUGGAGAGAAUGAGUGAGGAGGUUGUAGAAGACAUUUCUGCAAGAAUGAGAUGACGUGGAAGAUGUCACUAGUUGUGCACUAGUGACUGGGUGGUGCCACAUCACUCUGAUUAUCGCAAAAUGUUAUUCUAAUUUGCUUAAUUUAUUUGAUUUUGUCACAUAACCGCUUACUGCGUUUUUGUCCUACUUAAUCUCGCUUCUCUCUGUCUCACUAGAAAGAUUGUAGUUAAUUAUACCUGGUGCCAUUGUGUCCUAUAAAGAAAUACCUCAAACAUUGUUUCCUGUGCCAGCAGGACAGUGUCAACAUGGAACAACAUGUGGCUUCCUGCAGCACUUUGAAGUGGGAUAAACAGCCACUGUGCUCUCAAGCAUUGUACAUCAAUGCCAAAAUGUGUUGCUCAACUGCUGUAUUUUGUGUCUGUUUGAAAUCAUCUGAAUAUCCUAAGGAUUCUAAUUCAUAGUAAAUACUAUGUCAUUACCUCCAGCUUGUAGAAGUCCUUUUGCAUCUCUUUCACACUUUGGUGCUUCUCUCUCUUUCUGGUCUAGGUCUAUACUCGGUGGAUUGACCCUAAGAACUAUGUGGAGGUGACUCGGCGCUGGCACGCGGAGCAUGCCCCAUUCCCCCUGAACUUCUUCCUGCCAGGCAGCAUGCAGCGCCAGCAGCUGGGGAGGCUGAGGCUGGUCAGGGGAGACGAAGAGUUGACAGCAGGGGAGGAGGUGGAGAAGGAGGUGAGUGGAGGGGGAGAAGGAGGAGGUAGGGUAGGUACACCCAAAGGCAACUAUUGUUUUAAUAGUCUUUCCAAUCUUUCCAAAUAACAUUUUAUUAUGGGGCCCUUUGCAACCAGUCUAGUGGGGGAGGGGAUACUGUAUUGGUACCAUAUAAUUUAUAUUGUUUAUAGCUAAACUUCGUAACGCUUUGAUGAUUUUAAAAAAUUGGUAUGAAGGAAAAUCUUAUAAUUGGAUUUAAUUAACUGGAAAUGCCUACAUAUAUUGUUGACAAAGCAUUUUUGUUUACGUUGACUGAGGACCAGAGACCACUGUUUUUUUGUGUGUUUUUUUAUCACUCUGCAAAAAUACCAAAAUAUGUGGUUGGCGCUCAUGCAGUCAUGCACUGAGGAAGGAAUCCAUGCUGAAACGCCUGUGCACAGUAAAAACCAAUAAACAAUUUUCUAAAUGAGUGCCAACCGCAUGUUUUGGUUUGGAGUUCUGUCCAGUUCGGUCUUGUACAACAUGCAUUUAAAUAUACCACCGCCGUUAGCAAGUUAGACUACUACUUUUCAUUAAAAACACCUAGAAAUGGCCAUAGAAUUCCAGGUGUGUGAAUUGGGAUAGGUUAUAUAAAAUAAAAUAAAUUGUGAAUAGUGCCAUUGGGGGUUUUACGCUGUGAGGAAACCAUGUGUUGAGAGAGGUGUGAACAUUGGACAUGCCUCCAUAGCUGAGCUGACGCAUGCUUCAGUCAUUGUUGCUCCCUGUGAUGAUGUAAUUGUUUAUAGGGUUGCCAUGGGAACUCAACUUGUUUCCCAAAGGUUGGUCCAGGGCAGAGCCAUAUCUAAAUCCACGGCUCUGGUCUAGGGUACCUUUUUUCAGUCUUCAGUCUGUAAUGGUUAAAGACCUGAAUAUGGAUGGGGAAAGCUGACUCUAGACCAGUGUUUUGGAAUAGCCUCUUGCAGAAAUUCAUUAAGGAAUAUAUCAUAACUCGAAAUGGUGGAAAUGUGAGAAUUUGGCCUGAGGUCAGUUUACAGUCUGUCAACACCUUUCUCUCUCCAGCUGUACCGCGAUGCUAUGGAGUGUAUGGACCUUCUCUCUCAGAGGCUGGGCUCAAACAAGUUCUUCUUUGGAGACUCGUAAGUCCACACAGAGAGGUUCUACCUCAAGACAUUCAACUGGGAAUUCAGCACCUCAACUUAAUUCACUUGCAUGGCAUCCAUAUGUAUCUCUAACUACAUGACGCUGUUCCCUCCAGACCUUCAUCUCUGGACGCCUUUGUCUUUGGCUACUUGGUGCCCAUCCUGAAGAUGAAACUGCCCAAUGGAAGACUCCAGCAGCACCUCAAGUCACUGGACAACCUGAGCCACUUCUGCUCCAACAUCCUGGGGCUCUACUUCCCCAGCGAGGGACGAGGUGUGGGAACACAUAACAUACUGUACAUGCAGUAUGAUAAUAUCUCAAAUCUAUUAAAUAACUUGCUAAUGUUGUUAACUUUUUAAUUCCAUGUCUCACACUUUUAUCUUUUGUGUAGAUGGUUUCAGUCGUAAGGUGUCCUCCCAGCCUGAAGGGGGUGACGCUGACAACGAGCCUGGUAAGAGGCGCAAGCAACUGCUGUCGGUCCUGGUGGCCCUGGGCGCCAUGUUGAGCUACGCCCUCCUCACCGGCAUUGUGGCGAUUCAACACGUCCAGCAGGAGACGCUAGACCACCGUCCCCCAGGCCUCAGGUCACUCUCCUCCCACGAGGAAGAGGAGGAGGAUGAGGGCUGAGGAUGGGGAGGAGGAGACGGCCGUAAUUCAAAACUGAUCUUCUGCCUCUAUUCCUAAUUCUUCGUUGACACUCCCUCAGAAGUCUGGAAUGACUGGAUAGGUGUUAACCAAUAUGGCAGAAACUCCAGUUAACCUUAUAGGCUAGGUGGAACGUUUACUCUACUGCUGAUGCCUCAACAAUCCCUUCAGAUCCUGGAGGAGGAGUCAACACGAAGAAGGGGCAAGGGGUUGGUGUUUGAUUGGGCCAAAGCCAUAGAGUACGAUGAAGAGGAGGAGGAGCAUUGUGGAAAUAUACAUUAAGAUGCUUCAACGAUGCACCAAGAGUGCGCCGAUGUCUUACUUGGAGAAGAAUGUUUGGACGUUUUCUCUGCUUCUCUGAUCCAAAUCAUGCCAUUGCUUUUCUCAAUUUCCUGUUGCUUUAUCUUAUUCAAAUGAUUAUACUUUAGUAUGUAAGUUGUAUUAUUGAGGGAACAAAUCCCAGAUAGCAUUUGUGAAAUUGGAAUUGUUACUGGAUUGUUAGUAGCAUUAGCACAUUCUUUCUGAACACUUGCCAAAAUAACCACCAUCUACACCACAGUAGACAGUGUGUGAGGUCUCUAGAUGUUUAGAAAUAAUAAUAAUUUCAACAGAGCACUUGAACAUAAGGCUGAGAACUGUUUUAUAAUUUUUCACCUACCAUGAAUUUGAGUGCCAGGCCUGCAAUUUGGGGCAUUUAAAUGUUUCAGGACCGCUUCAAAAUAUUGUGGAAAUUGCCCUCCCCAGGGAAGUUCAAUAAAUCACUUUAAUGUUCCAAUACAUCUGCUCGCUGUGUAAAGGCUUCCCCUGCUUUAGGAUGAUAGUUGAUCUCUUCAGCCAUACGGGGUUACAUUAUUGUCUAAUUCAGAGUUGCAAGAAGCUCAUUGACUUUGUAUUUUUCAAUUUCUUAAAGGUAGCCUGUUGGAGAGUAAAAUAAUUUAUGGUAUGUACAUUUGUAAUGCAAUUGUUAGUGGAGUUAAACUUAUUCAAUCUUGUUUUGAGGGCAGAACUAAUGUUACACACAGGUUGCCAUACACCUUAACCCUAAACUUAAUCCAACCCCUGAACCUGCCUAACCUUAACCAAUUGGGAUUACUUGCCUAAAUUUAACCAAACACAUUUGUUUCUGCCCUCGAGGCAAAGCUGCCCUCAGAACCAGAUACAAUAAAUAUAUGCCAAAAUGAGGAUGUGGGCUAUAAAGAUGAGGAUGGUCCCAUAUUGAGGGGGGAACACCUGUAGCGUGAAUAAAUAGCAUACAUUUUUUAUAGUGUGAA